GGAGGGGGGGCGCCGGCGGGCGGGAGCUUUGCAUUUUGCAGCGCUGGGCUCCGAGGGGGCGGGGGCUGGAGGAAGCGGAAAGCCGCGCCGAGUCGCCGGGGACCUUGGUGAACCAUGUUGAGCCCUGCCAACGGGGAGCAGAUCCACCUGGUGAACUAUGUGGAGGACUACCUGGACUCCAUCGAGUCUCUGCCUUUCGACCUGCAGAGAAACGUCUCGCUAAUGCGGGAGAUCGACGCGAAAUACCAAGAAAUCCUGAAGGAACUGGAUGAGUAUUAUGAGAAAUUUAAACGUGAAACGGAUGGCACCCAGAAGAGGAGAGUGUUGCACUGCAUUCAGAGAGCUCUGAUUCGGAGCCAGGAGUUGGGCGACGAGAAGAUCCAGAUUGUGAGUCAGAUGGUAGAGUUGGUGGAGAACCGGACCAGGCAGGUGGACAGUCACGUGGAACUCUUUGAGGCACAUCAAGAGGUCAAUGAUACCACUGGCCACAGUGGCAAAGCUGGCCAGGAUAAGUCCAAGAACGAGACAAUCACACAGGCAGAAAAGCCCAAUAACAAGAGGUCCCGGCGACAGCGCAACAACGAGAACCGGGAGAAUGCAGCUAAUAAUCACGACCAUGAUGACAUCACCUCAGGAACGCCUAAGGAGAAGAAAGCGAAGGCCUCCAAGAAGAAGAAACGCUCCAAGGCCAAAGCAGAGAGGGAAGCAUCUCCUGCAGACCUUCCCAUCGACCCGAACGAGCCAACGUACUGUCUGUGCAAUCAGGUCUCCUAUGGAGAAAUGAUUGGCUGUGACAAUGACGAGUGCCCAAUUGAGUGGUUCCACUUCUCCUGUGUAGGACUGAAUCAUAAACCAAAGGGCAAAUGGUACUGUCCCAAAUGUCGAGGGGAGAAUGAGAAAACCAUGGACAAAGCCCUGGAGAAAUCCAAAAAGGAGAGGGCUUAUAACAGGUAGUUGGUGGACCUCGCUGAACUGUGAGAACUAAGCCAGUGUAUUUAUUACAUCACCACCUUUGGUGAGGCGUGAAGACUGUACAAUGUAUAUUUUUAAAGAAUGUUAGAAAAGGAGCCAUUCCUUUUGUAGGGAUGGCAGUGAUUCUCUUUGCCUUUUGUUUUCAUUGGUAUACAUGUGUAAUAAGUAAGUGGUCUGUGGAUCAACAUUUUAGAAACUACAAACAUAGGUUUGAAUUAAACACUCAAGUAAGUCUCA